AUGGCUGCGCCCGCGCUGUGGUGGGCCGGUGGGCGCCGCGCCGCGCUCGGGCUGCUGGUCCUGCUGCCGCUGCUCGCGCUGCCCGGCGGGGCGGCGACGGGCGCGGAGGCCCGGGCGGGCUCGUGCGGCUGCGGCGCCCCCCAGCGGCCCGGGGUCCCCGGCAGCGCGGCCGCCGCGCACCGCUACUCCCGGGAGGCGAACGCGCCGGGCCCGGGUUCUGCCCCGCGGCCUCCCGCGCCUGCCAAGAUGGCCUCCAUCCCCGCCGGCGUGUUCACCAUGGGCACGGAUGACCCUCAGAUCAAGCAGGAUGGGGAGGCGCCCGCCCGGAGGGUCACCGUGGACGCCUUCUACAUGGACGCCUAUGAAGUCAGCAACGCGGACUUUGAGAGGUUCGUGAACGCCACCGGCUACCUGACCGAGGCCGAGAAGUUCGGCGACUCCUUCGUCUUCGAAGGCCUGCUGAGUGAGCAGGUGAAGGCCGGCGUCCAGCAGGCAGUGGCGGCGGCUCCCUGGUGGUUACCCGUGAAAGGCGCCAGCUGGCGGCACCCGGAGGGGCCCGACUCCACCAUCCUGCACAGGCCGGACCACCCGGUGCUGCACGUCUCCUGGAACGAUGCGGCAGCCUACUGCGCGUGGGCCGGGAAGCGCCUGCCCACCGAGGCCGAGUGGGAGUACAGCUGUCGCGGCGGCCUGCACGGCAGGCUCUUCCCCUGGGGCAACAAGCUGCAGCCGAGGGGCCAGCACUACGCCAACCUCUGGCAGGGCGAGUUUCCCGUGGCCAACACCGGCGAGGACGGCUUCCGAGGCACCGCGCCCGUCGAUGCCUUUCCUCCCAAUGGCUACGGCCUGUACAAUAUCGUGGGGAACGCGUGGGAGUGGACGGCAGACUGGUGGACCGUGCACCAUUCCGCUGAGGAGGCGCUUAACCCAAAGGGGCCGCCCUCCGGGGAGGACCGGGUAAAGAAAGGCGGCUCCUACAUGUGCCAUCAGUCUUACUGCUACAGGUACCGCUGUGCGGCCCGGAGCCAGAACACCCCCGACAGCUCCGCCUCCAACCUGGGAUUCCGCUGCGCCGCCGACCACCUGCCCGUCACCAGCUGA